CAACUUCUAGUUUCAUUUUUCAGCUUUUUAAUUCCUAUACCUCUCUCUUCAAUCUCCUUUUGGCCAUUCAAGUACUCUAGUGCUUCUUCUGUUUUGGUAUCUAAGUUAAGAGUCCUUUUGGUAUAUUUUUCUUGCAAUAUUUCUUCAUCAAAAAGAUUAGAGUUCUAUUCUUGGUACCUUUGAUAAUAUUCUUUAUCUGUUUGUUCAUUCAAAAUGGAUCAAAUCGAUGUUCCUUAUCAUUUUCUUUGCCCAAUUUCGCUUCAACUCAUGAGAGAUCCAGUUACAAUCUCUACUGGGAUUACCUAUGAUAGAGAGAACAUUGAGAGAUGGUUAUUUUCAUGCAAGAACAACACUUGCCCUGUCACAAAGCAAGAGUUGUUUGGUAAAGAUCUAACCCCAAACCACACUCUUCGACGAUUGAUCCAAGCAUGGUGCACCCUCAAUGCCUCUUUCGGAAUCGAGCGAAUCCCAACUCCAAAGCCACCCAUUGAAAGAGCCCAGAUCGCCAAACUUCUUAAUGACGCUAAGAAAUUUCCACACUUGCAGCUCAAGAGUCUACGAAGGCUUAGAUCGAUCACGCUUGAAAGUGAAAGGAAUAGAAUCUGUCUAGAGGAAGCUGGUGCAGUUGAUUUCCUGGCUACAAUCUUGAAAAAUGGUGAUUCUACUUCAGUUGACAUAGCUAGCGAUGAUAAUGAGUCUGAGUUCUCAAGAGCAAGUGAUGAAGCAUUGAACAUUCUUUAUCAUCUCAAAAUAUCACAAAGGAAAUUGAAGAAUCUGAUAACCAAUGAUGGCGAUCAAUUCUUGGAGUCAUUACUUCAAAUCUUGAAGCAUAGUAGCUAUCAAUCUAGAGCUUAUGCGACAAUGUUAUUGAAGUCCGUCUUUGAAGUGGCAGAUCCAAUGCAUUUGAUCAGUAUCAGACCAGAAAUGUUUGUAGAAUUAGUACGUGUACUCAAUGAUCAGAUCUCACAACAAUCUUCAAAGGCGGCAUUGAAGCUUCUUGUGGAGGUCUGUCCAUGGGGAAGAAACCGAAUCAAAGCUGUCGAAGGUAGCGCCGUUUCGGUCUUGAUUGAGCUUCUUCUAGAUAAAUCAGACAAGAGAGCUUGUGAACUUGUUCUAGCUGUUUUGGAUCUGCUUUGUGGUUGUGCUGAGGGACGAGCAGAGUUAUUGAAGCACGGGGCAGGACUUGCCGUUGUUUCCAAGAAAAUACUUAGGGUUUCUCAUGUUGCAAGUGAUAAGGCAGUGAGAAUCCUGUACUCCAUUUGUAGGUUUUCAGCAACGUCUAGGGUUCUUCAAGAAAUGUUGCAGGUUGGUGUUGUGGCCAAGUUGUGUUUGGUUUUGCAGGUGGAUAGUAGUUUCAAGAGCAAGGAGAGAGCUAGGGAGAUCCUCAAGCUGCACUCCAGGGUUUGGAGGAAUUCUGCUUGUGUUCCUGCUUAUUUGAUGUCUUCUUAUCCAUCUUCCUGAUCGAUUUGAGCCUUUUUGUUUCGAGUAUAUAAUGAUCAACGGGGCUAAGUUUGCCUCAUGCAAUAUAAUUUCAAAUAGUACACAUUUUGGGCACGAAGGAUGUCCCAGGAACAGAAAUCUCAAAGCAAAUAAAUUUGUUAUUUUGUUUUUUU